AUGCCCCUGUUUGAGAGAGAUGGGGAGGGACAGGAGACCUGUGACAUAAUCGAAUACCAAGGUCACAUUAGUCUCUGGGACGGAACUCAGCCGGUUUGUUUGACGGUUGCUGGCGAAAACGUCGAAAGCGGAGGUCUGGUCUCGGUGGCUCCAUGUGAAGAGAAGGACGGCGCUGCGAUCCAAAACCAAAAUUGGUUGAUUGCGAGGGGCGAAAGCCAAUUGCUCAGGCUAGACGGGACUGAAUACUGCUUGCACGCUGGAGACACCCCGGCUAACGGAAACAAGGUCACCAUGCAGAGAUGUUCCGAGAUUGGCCGGAGUCCUGGUGCAUGGUUUUGGUAUACAGAACUCGGUGACGAUCACAUCGCGGUUACUGGCGACAAUCAGUGCCUUAAUCGCAAAGAUGCGAUCGAAGGAGACGAGAAUGACCGCUACCAGGGCAAUCACCCGGUGCAGACCUGGGAGUGUUCGGGGUCUGACUCCAAUCAGUUGUGGAUCACCGAGUAG